AUGCCAACUAGAGAUCCCCUCGAUCCAUCACAGUCGAAAUGGCAGUCAUAUGUCCGCGACGCAUUCACGGCUCUAAAACUGACGCUAUCAUCGUCAAGAGACAAGCUAGUCAGAGACUGGAUAUUUGUACCGCUGGGAAUUGCUGCCAUACUCGCGGCCUGCUAUGGCGUUGACGUGCUCUUUAAACGAGUAUCGGUUUCAUUCCCUGCCUCGGUGGCGUGUUUGGCUUUGUUGUUUGUUGGGUUAUUGCUUUCGGAGGUGCUUCUGGGGACGCAUCUGACGAGGAGGGUUGUGAAUGUUAUCAAUGUUCCGGCGGACUGGUCCUUACGAUGGAUUGGACUGUUCUUUACGCCGUCGUUUGUAACCAUUCCACUCAGUCCAUCGAUUGGCGUGGGCGAAGUGUUUAAAAUCAUUGCCGUAUUUGUUCUCGGCUUCGCUGUCAUGAUGCUCCUGGCAGCGUACAUGACGCGCUCACUUCACCUCCUCCUUGGAUCAUCAAAACGCUCUGAAAUCCAACGCGGCGACGAAAUCCACAACCAAGAUGACGACGAAAUUCCCCUUCACCAAAUACAACCCACCGAGAUAUCGUCCCCUCCUCAACUUCGACUCCAGCAACACCAUCCCGAGAACACCACCUCGCCCAUUCUGCCCGACUAUCCUGCCCAGACGCCCCCUCCCGCCGCAAGAUGCACCCUCUACACCGCCAAGCUGACAGCCCUUUUCGAUACUCUCAUCUUCACUGUCGUCCUCGUCGCCAGCAUCCCCAUCUACUUCACGACGGGGUACCCCAUGCCGCUACACCUCUCCAUCACUACCCUCACUUACAAACUGACGCUCGCAACACCACCCCCCUACAAGCAAUACCUCCACCCCGUCCUGACGUGCUCCCUCCUCACCGUCCUAACCAUCUGGCCGCUCUCCCUCGCAAACUCCUCCUCCCUCACCACCGCACUACGGGAAUACAAAACCGGCGCAAACUACCUCCAUCUACAGUCUCCCCCCGGCGCAGGAGACAUCUUCUCCACCAUCCUCGACGCAAGCAUCGUUUCUCUCGCCCUCCCCAUGUUCCAGUACCGUCGUGAACUGAAGACCCAUCUCGUCACGCUCCUCAUUCCCAACAUUGUCAUAUCCGUGGCCUCGGUGUUUACGUAUCCCCCGCUGUGUUAUAAGAUUGGCAUCGAGGCGACGCGCAGUCUGGCAUUCGCUUCGAGGAGUCUCACCCUCGCGCUUGCUACGCCUGCGACGCGGAAUCUAGGUGGCGAUGCGUAUACGGUGGCGGCGUUGGCUAUUGCGAGUGGGAUAUUGGGCGUUUUGGUGGGGGAGAGGAUGAUGAGGGUUUUGAGGAUACCUGAGGACGACUACGUUACGAGGGGAAUAACCCUCGGCGUCAAUUCAAGUGCCAUCGGAACAGCCCUCUUACUGAGAACGGAUCCCCGAGCCGCGGCGUUGUCGAGCCUGUCCAUGACGCUGUUUGGCACUAUUACCGUGUUGCUGACUUCUAUACCGCCUAUAGCGAGUAUGAUUCGCGGAUUAGUAGGGUUAUAG